AUGGAUGAAAAGCAGUUAAAGGACGUAUGGACAAAUGUAACUUAUCAAGACCAAUUUUCAAAAAUAGAAAAAGCAUUAAGAUGCUGUGGUUAUUCCAAUGUUUUAAUGUCAGCAUCAGGAAAGUGCGUAUAUACAACUGUAUGCCAAGAAGUUUUCAGCAAUGAAGAAAGCUAUCGUAGAACUGCAACAAUAAUUCUCGUUUUCUCUUCAAUUUUAUUCCAAAUUUAUAACUACCACGCUAUAUAUACCAUCUCUGGCCCACGAAAAGUCAAGCCAAGUGAAUUUGAAGACUUAAUUGAAUCUGCACAAUAA